CUCGUGGGAGCGUCUUUGGGUUCUUUUCCUGCUCCGGACAGAACCUUCUUAAAACGCAGCGUCUCCUCUCAUGCGCAGGCACCGCUGGUGUGCAGGCAGGCUCCGCGGCCACGGUCUGGCAGAGGCUACGAAGCGUGCUCUCACUACAACACUUCGCAGGACGCAGGAGGACACGCUGGUGCCAGGUGCUUCUGCUGGGGACCCACGUCCGACCCGCACAUAUAGCACCCAGGCGUGGACCAUUUACAAUACCCACACAGAGUUGGGCCAGAGAUUGUCCGCCAAGAUGUUUCGGAGCGCUUGUCGCCCCUGCGGCAACGACGCAUACAUGUCAUGAUUGUGUGUCUGAGUCUGGCCGACUUCGAGCCUCGAGCACACAGCCUUGCACAUCGUCCACAUGUCUAUGUUGAGAGGGACGAGAUGGAGAACCAACGCGAAGCUCUAACAGUGCUGCCACAACCCCUGCGCUGCCUGCUGGAGGUGCCCGCCUGAUGGGUCUGGUCGCUCAGACCUGGCUGUUGCACCUAGAGACUCUGGAAGGCCAUAGCCGCACAAGUCCGACGCAGGCCCCAGCAAAGGCAAGUGUUGGGUACACGUGUUACGUGCAAAGGUGCCCAUGCCACAUUCCGAGCACAUUGUGCCAGCUGUCGAACGAGCGGAGAGGUAACUGGGUGCCAAAAGGCACACAAAGCAAAGCCCUAGCAAGGGCGAACUGAGCGAACGGCAUGCCCUGAACGCUUCUAGAGAGCUGGGUACUGCUGACAACACUCAAUGAAUUAGGGCGCCGGAAGACACGACUGCGAGGCGGGGAGGUGGGCCUCGGGAAGAGGAUGGGAUGAGACGUGGGCGCGGCGAGGCGUCGUGGUCGAGUCUCUCUUCGGCAGCCGCGCCCAGCCGAGUGUUCAGUCUCGCGCCACGUCGGCCCACGAGAUCUCCUGGUCCCAGAUCCUCACGUCUCGCAGGCUGCCGCGGAAGACCUGGGCCCUGAACUUGAAGUGGCCGCCGACGACCAUGCGUGGUCUUGGCUUGGGCAGCGGGGCCGCCCCGUGCGGGCUCUCGCCCACGAGCACGCCGUCCUUGAGCACCCGCAUGUGCCCCGACGCGGACACGGUGCACAGCAUUGUGACCUCGUGCCCGGGCUCGAAGAAGUCGUGGACGGUGACGGAGAAGGGCUCCUUGCGCUGGAAGACGGUGAAGUGCAGGUCCCGGGUGAGCCCGACGGCCCCAGGCCGUGAUGCUGUCGCAGUCGGCCUCCGCACUGGAGAAGUCGAACACGCGGCACCGGUGGUUGAAGCUGUCCAUCCGCACCACGCACGCGAACGAGAACGCUCCCCCCAGGGGGCCGGGGACGCUGCUGCCCAGAUUCAUCGGGAGCUCCAGCUGGUCCAGGUACUCCGCCAGGGGCUUCGCGUGGCGCCGCCUGGAGGUCGGCUGUGCGCCCACCUCGCCUGCCACGGCCGGGGUGGCGUCGGCGCCAGGGGCCCGGCACCGUCGUCCGUGCAGCUGGCUGCAGUGCCGGGGGAGGGGCCGCUCACCUGCCUGCACAUGUAGGUGCGUCGAGAUGUGCUGUGGAUCUGCUGCCCAGGGGCGAGAGGACGGACUCGAAGGCUUGGGCGCGAGAGUGUUGAGCCGGACGGGCUUGAGCCAGAAUGGCUGCGGAACGUCUCUGGGGCUUCUUGGAGCGUCUUGGGAGCUUUUG